CUCACAUGUAACCCGCAGCAGCACAGUAUCCGCCAGGGCGAUCCCCGCACCCCACUACGCGAUGGAUGCGACGGUUGACGGUCGAGGGCCGCCCAAGCCAUCCAUCCAUCCGUCCAUCCUCCAGGGUCUCAAGCGCGAUGCGAAGCGAGGCGACUGCCAGCCUAACAGCCAUGGCAAACAGCGGGAGUGAACUAAGGAAUCAAAGUCCCCUUAUAAGCGCGCGUGCUCCAACGUGACCUCAUACUCUCCCUUAUCCAUUCCCCCCUAUACCCUUUAGCUCUCAGAAAGACACAGUCACAAUGCUCGGAAAGGUCGCCUUCGAGGAAGCCUUCAUCCUCCCCAGCUUCGCGGAGAAGCAGCGAUGGUGGGCUGGCAUGUUCGCCAUUGACAAGGACAGGCACGUUGCCGAGAUCCUGGACAUUACAAAGACCCGCAUCGAGUACAUGGACAAGCAUGGCGUCGGAUACACCAUCCUGUCGUACACAGCGCCUGGCGUCCAGGACAUCUGGGACCCCAAAGAGGCAGGCAGCCACGCGGUCGAGAUCAACGACUACAUUGCGGACGCCAUCAAGGACCACCCCACGCGCCUGGGUGCCUUUGCCACACUUUCCAUGCACGACCCCAAAGAAGCUGCCGAGGAGCUCCGCCGCUGCGUGACAAAGUACGGCUUCAAGGGAGCGCUCGUCAACGACACACAGCGCGCCGGCCCGGACGGCGACGACAUGAUCUUCUACGAUGGGCCCGAGUGGGACGUCUUCUGGUCGACCGUGACCGACCUCGACGUGCCCUUUUACCUGCACCCGCGCAACCCCACGGGCACCAUCUACGAGAAACUCUGGGCCAAGCGCAAGUGGCUCAUCGGGCCCCCGCUCAGCUUCGCGCAGGGCGUGAGCCUGCACGCGCUCGGCAUGGUCACCAACGGCGUGUUCGACCGACACCCAAAGCUCCAGAUCAUCCUCGGCCACCUGGGCGAGCACAUUCCCUUUGACAUGUGGCGCAUCAACCACUGGUUCGAGGACGUCAAGAAGCCGCUCGGUCUUGACUGCCAGCUCACGAUCCGGGAGUACUUUGAGCGCAACCUGUGGAUCACCACGAGCGGGCACUUUUCAACCACCACGCUGCAGUUCUGUAUGCAGGAGGUUGGCGCCGACCGCAUCCUCUUCUCUAUAGAUUAUCCGUUUGAGAACUUUGCCGACGCGUGUGACUGGUGGGAUGAGAUGCACAUGAACGGGAGCGACAAGAAGAAGAUGGGAAGGGACAAUGCGAAGGCCCUGUUCAAGCUGGGCGAGUUUAAGGACAGCGAGGCGCCGCUAUAGGGGGCACUGUAUAUACAUAGAAUAAUAAAAGUGACUGUAUAUACAUACCAUAAAUGAACAGCCUUAAAUAU